AAUGUCCUGUCCGAAUAACAUCUCGACCCGGCAUUCCUGGAAAACAAAACUCACCAAAAAUCGCCACCAAAAACAUGUCCGACCCCAAACCCCCCUCGCCAAAACGCAUCCGCGUCGUCGUCAUGAGCGCCAGUCGCUGCGGCACCAUGGGGCUCUACACAGCCCUCAAGACCCUCGGCUAUUCGCCCUGCCACAUGUACGAGAUGAUCUUUGUGCACGGCGAAGAGCACCUCCGCAAGCUCAGCGACGCCAUGGAGGCGGAGCAGCACCGCGGUCAGGUGCCGGCCAUGGACAUCGACGACUUCCUCGCGGGCCAAUACGACGCCUUUGUCGAGAUUGGCAGCUUUUUUCCCCUCACGACGCUGCACUGCUACCUGCCCGACCCGAACGUCAAGUGGAUUCUGGCGGAACGCGACCCGGCAAGGUGGGUGAGCUCGCUCGAUGAGACUGUCGCCUACGUUUACCGUUCCUGCUCGGCCGUGGACGCGAGGGUGUUGGGGGUAGUCGACCCGUGGUUCCGGGCGCAGCGGCGCUGGCUUGCGGCGUGGUUUAGGCGGUGGGGAGGGAGGGUGCCGGGCGAGCCGGGGUAUAAAGAAAGAUUGCAGUCGAGUUAUCUCGAGUACAACGAGUUGGUCAAAAGCAAGGUCCCAGCUGAUAGGCUUUUAAAUCUCAAACUGGAGGACGGUUUUGGAUGGAAUGAAAUCUGUGACUUUCUGGAUCACCCUGUGCCGAAGGAGCAGUACCCCAGUAUCAACGACAGAACAGAAUUCAGGGCGCUCGUUGAUGGGCUCGUCAAAGUUCACAAGCUAUCGGCGAUGAGGAGGAUGGCGGUGGUCCUCGCGCCAAUUUUUGGGGUCGCCACAUAUCUCUAUUGGCUUUCGUAACUUUCCCAGGUCGGUCAAACGAACGUGCAGUGUUGGGCCGGCUUGACAUCAGACUUGGACCUUUAGCUCUAGUUGUAUUUAGGAUCUUUCAUUGUUGUAAUUAAGCUGCCAUGAUCUGUGAUCAGCCUGCCGAAAGCAGUUUUCAGUGGAGACUUCAUGUGAACGUUAAGUCUGAGACGGUAAUUAUAGUAAAAGAUGUCAGCUAGGGUCAGGCAAGUUCCGCUGCCGGUUUAAACUACG